AUGGUGAACUAUUGUGUGUGUGGAGGGUGCACGAAUUCUUCAUCUUCCGGAUUCAGGACGAAGAGGAAGGACUUUACCGCGGCCUCUGUGACCACGAGCUCUGUCAUCUGUGAAGCCCAUUUCAAGAAAGAGGACUAUCUAAGUGGAGAUCUGAUGGAAAUGGAGAUGGGCUUCAAAAGUCGAAACAAUAUUUUGAGUGAAGAUGAUGAAGCUCUUACAAAAGAAAUCAUGAAUGAACCCGAUGAAGACUUUACCACUGAUUCUUUGCCAAGAACUAUCGAUCAGGCUCUACAGUGCAACAUAAGACUUCCUUAUCGUUCAUCCGAUGUCCAGGUGAAGCCUACAUUGAUAAGUAUUGGCACUCAAACUGAAGAGGAUAUUCAUUCCACUACAAUGGCCAUCAAUCAUGUGACCUCUACACCUGUGAAGAAUGAUGAGGAGGAUGAGCAGUCCUCCUUUGAUUUUGAUAGUCAUCAGUGGGACAGCUCUUGGAGCAUUGAGGAGGAGGAAAUGGACACUGAUACAUCGGAGGAAGAGGCACAGGACGAAGAACAGAGAAAUACAAAAUUUGCAGACAAAUUUAUAGUUUGUGAAUCACAAUUGCUGUCCUUGUUUGCCGUUUGUCCACAAUGUUCUGAGGAAACCCAGCGAAAAGUAAAACACCAACAGGGAACCUUUAUUAAAGUGGAACAGAUUUGCUCUGCUUGUGGUUUUGAACGGGAAUGGCAGAACCAACCAAAGAUGCACAAAUAUAUGCCUUUGUGCAACUUGAUGCUUAGUGGGGCCAUCCACUUUUCAGGGUGCAUGCCAACACAGGCUUUGAGGAUGCUUGGCCUGCUUGGAGUGCAAUGUAUAAGUGUUAGGACAUUCUUUCGACACCAGCAACUAUACACGAUCCCCACCAUCAUUGGAACGUGGAAGAACAAACAAGCACAAAUUCUGAACCAACUGAAGGCCAAAGAGGGAGGGCUUAUUCUUGCUGGCGACUGCAGAUCUGAUUCACCGGGGCAUUGUGCUAAAUUUGGAACAUACACCGUAAUUGAGGAGAGGAUAAACAAAGUUUUGGACCUUCAACUUGUUCAGAGCUCGGAAGUACCCAAUAGUAAUUGGUGUGAAUUGGAGGGACUAAAGCGGACCAUCAACCUUCUUUCUAAGGAGAAAAUUAGUGUCUCUACGCUUGUGACUGAUCGAAAUCGCCAGGUGGCCAAGUGGGUGCGUGAGAAGCUAUGUCCAGAAGGCACAAAACAUUUCUUCGAUAUUUGGAAUGUUAGUAAAGGUUUAAAGAAGGCUUUGGAUGCUGCCUCUAAAGAGCAACACUGUGAGGAUCUCGCCCUCUGGAAAGCUGCAGUUAUAAACCAUCUUUACUGGACUGCUGCAUCCACACCUGAUGGCAAUCCUGAAGUGUUGGAGGCAAAGUGGACUAGUUUGGUGAACCAUGUCCAGGACAUCCACACUCACAAGAGCCCCUGGUUUCCAGUCUGUGCUCAUCCUCCUCUGGAAGGAGAAACCAGAGAGAAGCAGUGGCUGGAACCAGGAUCCCUGGUAUCCAUAAAGCUGGAGAGCAUGGCGAUGCGGCCGAUGUUUGUUAAAGAUGUGCGACAACUGUCGCCCUCACAUCAGACCUAUUCACUUGAGGCGUUCCAUGCGCUCAUUCUCCACUUUGCACCGAAACACACUGGGUUCUCCUUCCUGGGCAUGUAUAGCAGGCUUCUUCUUGCUGCCCUUCACUUCAACCAUAACAGCAACAGAGAAGUUCUGCGAUCUGACGAAUAUGCGUUUGAUCUUAUGGAGCAUCUGCAUCGAACCUACAGCAGCACUCCGGAGUAG